AUGAAGUCAAACAAAGACAAAGAAGUGCUAAAAAGUCAAGACUUAUCUGACAGUGAUGAUGAUAUCAAUCUUAAUAAUUAGGAGGAAGAGGAAUUUGUUUCUUCAGAUGACGAGUAAAAAGAAAGCUACUCUUUGCAAAGAGUUGAACCUAAAUUGCCAAAAACUUUUCAUGAGAAAUAGAACAUGCCAAGAUUAAUUCUUGUACUUGAAUAGGCUAACAUUGAGACAACAAAGACAAAGAGAGGAAUCGAACUUAUUAACUGUGAUGACCAUUAAAAGCUCAUAACUAAAAUGAAGAAAAGUUAUGAGGACUACAGACCUGAUUGUCUUUUGGCUUUAUUAGACUCACCUCUUAACAAAGCAGGGCUACUUCAAGUCUACUUGAAGACAAAUUUGAAUGUUUUAGUUGAGGUUAAUCCACAAAUGAGGAUUCCCAGAACUUACAAAAGAUUUUUAGCAAUGAUGGCUCAAUUAUUAACGAAGAUGAAAAUUAAAUCGACCUCUAGUAGCGUUACUCUGAUGAAGGUUAUUAAAAAUCCAGUCACAGAACACUUCCCACUAGGAGUAAAAAAGAUUGGUACUUCAACAAAAGGUAAACUAUUAAAUGUGAAUGAUUAUGUGAAACAAAUAAUGAGUGGGGAGCAGAGAAAGAAGCCAAUAGUGUUUGUGAUUGGUGCAGUUUCAGUAGGAAAUCCGGCAAUGGAAGCAGACUACAUAGAUGAAUGUAUUUGCAUGUCAAAGUACUCUCUAAGUGCUGCUGCAUGCUGCAGUAUGGUUUGUGAUGCUUUUGAAGAUCUUUGGGGAAUUUAAUGA